AUGUACGUGGGCUAUCUUCUGGAUAAGGACUCCAACAUGUACCCCAACUCCGUCAGGCACCCCAGUCUCAACCUCAGCCCCCAGAACUAUGUGCCCGCGCCCCCCCAGUACCCGGACUUCACCGGCUACCACCACGUCUCGGGGCUCAACGGCGACCCUCACCACGGCCAGCCCGGGCCCGCCUGGGCCACCCCCUACGCGCCCGCCAAGGAGGAAUGGCAGGGCUACGGACCGGGCCCCGCCGCCCCCGCGGCCAGCCCGGCCCAGCUGGGCUUCAGCCCCCCGGACUUUAACCCCAUGCAGCCGCCCCCCGGGCCCGGGCCCGGCCUCCUCCCGCCGCCCAUCAGCGCCCCGGUGGCACCAAUCUCGCCCGGCGCGCAAAGGCGCACGCCCUACGAGUGGAUGCGACGCACUGUGCCCGCGGCGGGGGGCGGGGGGCGAGGUAAAACCCGAACAAAGGACAAGUACCGGGUGGUGUACACGGACCAUCAGCGUCUUGAGCUGGAGAAGGAGUUCCAUUACAGCCGCUAUAUCACCAUCCGGAGGAAAGCGGAGCUGGCAGCAAACCUGGGACUCACGGAGCGGCAGGUGAAAAUCUGGUUCCAGAAUCGAAGAGCAAAAGAGAGGAAAGUGAACAAGAAGAAGAUGCAGCAGCAAAGCCAGCCAGCCAGCACCACCACCCCCACCCCGCCCGGCGCGGGGACCCCCGGCACCCCAAUCGGGGGCAUCUGCAGCAGCACCACCAACCUCGUCUCUUCCUCCCCAAUGACUAUCAAGGAAGAAUACCUGCCGUAGCCCUCGCCCCCCCGCCCCCGAGACUGAGCCGCGGGGUUGCCACUGUGCGGACUUUGUCUCGCCCGCUGCCUCGGCCCACCCCCGGCUCGCUAGAAGGAGGACCUUGGGGUUGGAGCU